AUGAACCUGCAAAUAAUGGGCCAGAAUUACAACCUAAUUAGAGUUUUUCGUAGGUUGUUGAGAGAAUUGGUAAACUCGGAUGACACAUGCCGAGGUGAUAGAAUCCUAGUUGAAUUGGCAGAAUUGGUUCCGAAUGUCGUGCAUAGGAGUUUAGCAUUAGUUAAUAAACUGGAAUUUUACUGUACAAAACCAGUCAUUCAUAAUGAUAAUUCAAGCUAUGACCUGGACAAACAAUUAUUUACAUUCUACAAAUUUAAUGAAGAGCAUCAGACAUUGAUUGGAUUUUGCUCAUGCAAGGAAUAUCUAGAUUCAGUUCUUAUCGAUGAAACUUCCCCAACGUGUGAACAUGAAUUAGCGAUGGCUAUAGCAUGUUAUUUGUGCAGGAUUUACAGAAAAAAUAACAUACAAAUGGGUAAUUGUGAUGAUACUCAUGAUUUCAUACUUGUACAAAAAACGAGUCUACGAGAAUAUAUCAACCUGCUCAAAAUCGCUUGUAACAACAAUCAUAAUUGA